UCUAAUUGAAAAUUAACUGCCCCUUUGACAGGCCAUCUGAUCAAUGACAAUCUUCAAUAAUUUUAGGAAAUUUCUCUCCCCAUCAAAUUAUCAAUGCACUAAAGUUAAACAGUAAACACACACAAAGAGAGAGGAGAGACUGUAGGCAGAGAGUCCUUCGAAACUUACAAUACGCCCCCACCGUUGGAGGCAAAUUCAUCCCCCUCCCUCCCACGCUCACCAUCAUGUAUUUGCUUGCAAGCUUCUAACUAAGAAACCCGACCCAAUUCGAGCAUCACUGGAGAAGAAACCAAACAGAGCUGAGCAGAGAAACACACAGAUUAAAUUACUUUUGGUUUUGGGUGAAGAUUCAAGAUAAACAUCUACGCCCCCAUAAUUCUUUUUCUUUCUUUUCUCAAAAUUUCGAUAUUGUUAGCCUCAAAGAUUAAAAAAUCUGGAGUUCUCUCUGAGUUUUUUUAUCUAUCGAUUAUUCUCUGACAACUUACAACUCCUUCCUUCCAAGUUCCAAGUCUUGCUGCCAGCAUAACCAAAUGCAAACGAAGUCUCUUCCUUACUGAUUUUCAGAUCAAUUGCAUCGAACCCAUCGUGUUCUUCUUAGAUCUUGAGUUUUGCUGCAGAGGGAUGGAAAAGGAAGCCAAGAGUCAAAGAAGGCUUACCAACAAUAGAGCUGCAGAGGACUUUGGGUUGCAAUGGGGGAACAGAAAGAGGCUUAGAUGUGUAAAAGUCAAAGACCAAAGCUUAACCAACAAAUCGGACUGUUUAGGGAAGAAGAAAAUCACUUCUCGUGUCGACCGCCGCGUGGUUAACACUGCAGAGAGAGAUUCUGUUUCUCCGCAGGCCCAUCGACUCAACAAGAACUCUGACUCGCCAAUGAAUCACCGAAAGGCAAUGGUUUCAUCACCAGAGAAGGAAGAUCGAUAUUAUACAACACGAGGUUCGUUGGGUUUGGAUGUAAAUGGGAAAGUUCUGAUGGAUCAUGUAAAGGAGGACAGAGGGCAUGUUUGGCCAAAGCUGUUUAUCACGUUGUCUAGCAAGGAAAAGGAGGAUGAUUUUUUGGCUAUGAAAGGCUGCAAGCUUCCUCAGAGACCCAAAAAGAGGGCUAAGUUGAUACAAAAAAGCAUACUUUUGGUCAGUCCAGGUGCAUGGUUAUCGGAUCUGUGCCAAGAGAGAUAUGAGGUGAGGGAGAAAAAGGCUUCAAAGAAGAAACCGAGAGGAUUGAAGGCUAUGGGAAGCAUGGAAAGUGAUUCAGAAUGAGAAAUUUAAACUAAGUGCAGAGGCUGGCAGAGAGAUUUGAUUUUUUGUGGUUGGGGGCAGAGUAGAGGGAGAGAAGAAAAACAAAAACAAAACCAGAAACAAAAAGGGAAGAAAAGAUGAAAAGGGUGUUUCUCAUAUAAUUGUUUGUUUUUCGUCUACAAUUUUACUUCUGGA